UUUUGUCUCCAUUAAUAUAUGCCAAGCGAUUGUUUUAUCCAGAAGAUAGCAAAUACGACCCUAAAUGGAUUUGGUUACAUCCUUUAAAAGGAAACCACCCCUCUCUAACCCAAGUUGCAACCACUCCAUUUGUCAAACAAAAUUACAAAAAGACACAUAACCAAAGCAAAGAGAGAGAAACCAAAGCACAAAGAAGGAACUCAUAAUGCUACCCAAGCUCAUCUUCUUCUCAGCAGUCACUGCAGCCACAGUUGCAGUCAUUCUCUUGGCCCUGAUAUCCACCGGAGUAAAGAGAAAUCCGGGCGAGAGAAACACCUAUUAUCCACCAAUCUCUCUCUACAUUCAGCGCCCCCAGCCUUUCGAACCACCACCUGGUUCAAGAGGGGACGGGGGUGCUUUGGUCUUCCACCACAUAGUUACAGUGAGGCUGGAAAAUACUUCUAAGGUUGCCGGAAAAGCCCAGGGCUUCAUAAUUCCAGCCGACCGCUUUGCAAACUCCGUCUUCAAUAUCAUAUUUCUCUCUUUAGAAACACCUGAUUAUGCAGGGGGCCUGAGCAUUCAAGCAAAGGAUAUGAAGCACACAAACAAAGAGGAAUUACAAGUCAUAGGAGGUACUGGUUCUUUCGCUUUUGCUCGUGGGCUUGCAGUUUUCCGGCGAGCUGCUGAUCCUUUUCGGCAAGGACAUGAGGCAAUGUAUCAACUGACACUUCAUCUGAGAUUUCCAGAUAGGAAACCAAAAGAGUGAUCAAAUCACUCAGGCUCUUUUAG